AGUUACGAUCCAUCUGAUGACCCGUCAUGAAGGUAUACCUUUUGUUGGUAGCCGUUGCAGUCAGUCUCGUUCUCAUAGAAAGUGCCAAGCGCAGAACCAGGAACAGCAGCUGCCUGGUGAAGAACAAGUACAUGCACGAACGGACUUGUAGAGGACCUCGUCGAGUCUAUUACACCUUCCACCGAGUGCUAUUCGAUUGCAUCCAGGUGACGACCAAGUGCCGGCAGAUCUACAGGAGAAACGAGUACAAAACCCUAAAGCUAUGCCAAGAUGACUGCGCCUACCACAUGGUCGAACCAUAUGCACCACCGAUCGGAAAACAGACCACUUCUGCAGCUGGGGAAGGGUCAACCACGGGAGAAGGGGCAGAAGAAGGGGCCACAGAGGCAGGGGAGGGAGGAGAGGGAGGGGAGGCUCCCGCAGAAAGGACAAUGAGAAGAAGGGCCAAGCUGCACCAUCUGAAGAACCACCAACGGAGUAGAAAACUGAAACACUAAGAAUCUCCACCAACAGCGAGGAUGAAUAACUCUAUCAAACAGAUUUCGGAACUACAGCUGUGACCCCAGCUAAAUUGACUUGGAUAAUGGUAAUAAUUAUUUUAGACUUAAUAAAAAAGUCAGCAUGGUCUG